AUGAGAGCCAUCCAAACGUGGCUUAUGGACUCCGCAGCGGUGCGAAAGGUGGAUAGGAAAUGGCGUACGGCUGUCCAGAGGGCUUCCAGUCCUAUUACGGGCUACUUAAAUGAAUUGGUGAAGACGAUGUUGCGGGGCCUCUUGAGACAGAGGAGCUGGCAAAUGUACAACGCUUCAAAAUGGCUGAAACGCUUUAUGGAACUGGACCAACUUCAACCCGCGCCGUCCCCAAUAUCUCCAGACGAUUCCAACGAGGAGAAAUACGAAGUAGACUCAUACAUUGCUUCUCUUGAGGGUAAUAUUGACUGGGAAACCACAAAUAAAUGGUGUCAAGAUGUACUGGGUCUGCCAGACACUGAUCUGGACUCUCUGUGGUAUGAGGGUCUGGCCAAGGCCGCAUCGGCAAAGAAUGACUAUGAGGCGGCAAUUUCGCUAUACAAGCAAGCUAUCGAAUGCGAUAAUCCGAGUUGGCUAUGCUACCGUGAACUUGGGGUGGUAUAUGACUGCCUAGACUUGCAAGCGGACGCCAUCGCACAGCUUGAGAUUGCUCUAGACAGAGCAGCGCAGGACAACGCUCACCCCGAGGGAAACAACGCGGAAAUUGUCACAAUGCAUAUCAUGCUGGCGGGAAUUGCUGCUAAGAUUGACAAUGUGCGUCAAGCGGCGGACCACUAUUCAAUCGCUUGUGAAAGCGAGGAAACAUCACAAGUCAUAUGCGGCCAGAUAGGUCUUCUCCAAGCGACCUUGAGUCUCGCUGACCCUGCAGAAGUCAUACAGGUGUUGGAGAAGAUCUUUUCGAAGACUGACCAAGAGUUGGCACUUGAGUUUUUCAGAUCGGUAAUGCUUGAGGAUGGCUAUGAUUCCCUUAUCUGGGGCGUGUUCCGCUCAGCCAAGGAGGACUCGGGUCUUCUCAAGAAGAUCAUGAAAUCGAUGGAGACCGCCACUGCGAUCCUUCACCGGAGGGAGGCCAACAAGAUUCCCAGUGUACAAUACGUCGACGAUGAAAUCAGGGGCAUGUUGUUGUAUUACCAAGGUGUAGGAGCGUACAAUUUUGGGGUCUCGACUGAUGGCACAGAUCCGACAGAAGAGGCCAUACGGCUUUGGACGGAAAGCAGAGACUUUCUCAAGAGAUGCGGCGGACCUAGCGCGCUCAGGGCGCGCUCCAAAGCUACAUCAGCACUCUCGAACCACUAUUUCGAGAAGUUAUUGGACGAGGGGUUGCAACAUGACCACAUGGAGGCACUAACCAAAAUGGCGAAGGACGACUCUGAGGUUGCAAACAUUGAUAUGGAAUCUACUGGACUUUUGGGAGCUCUCUACGCGCGUAACAACGACAGGGAAAGCGCCCGAGAGGUUCUCCGACAUCGAGUCAAGGAAGCUUUGCAAAUCCUUUCGGACGACAUUCCUGAGAACGACUACGUGGGUUUCGAUAUGCUCUUCCAGAAUUUCUUACAAUGCCAGGAUCUGGAAGACGCUUCCAUCGCCUUAUCUCUUCUCAUCCCACCGGACACCGUCACUGCUGCCCUGCAAUUCAGUCCUGAGGACUUGAAAGAGGUCAGACGAGAGGACAGGCAGCGGGUGUUGGAGGUAGUUACCACUUUGGCGCAAGACAUCAUCCAGACUACAGGGGCUCAGGUUCCGGAUCUCUACAAACAGUACCAACGCCUCGAUGCUGCCCAAGCUUACUUCGAGGAUCUUGUUCCCACAGCUCAAGGCAAGGAUAACGACAAGGACAGCGGCAAUAUCGAGAAAGAAAACGCAGCCGAUGGCGAAACUAAGCCUACGCCCAGCGGGCAUGGUGCCACUUUCUACGCGCAUUCUUUGCUUCGAAGCAGGCUGUUUGACCCCGAGAUCGAGAUUUACAUGACGAACGUACGAUGGGGCGCUCAUUGUGAUGGCAGUGGUCCCGAUGGAAAGAAAUGCACCAAUCUGGUGAACCGAGACCAGAAUUUCUUUCACUGCACGCACUGCGCCAAUCGAGACUUUUGCGUAGAGUGUCUCACUCGAUUGCGCGAUCCUGACUCUGAUUUAAUGGUCGUCUGCAGCCCGAAGCAUCAGUGGUUACGUAUUCCUCCCCAAGGAGACAGCUUCUAUUUUGGGGAUUUGGCCAAGAGAAUCCGAAAACCUUCGGUGAAGGCCAUGGAAGGGGACGACAAGGUGUUCAUAAUAACCCCUGCUGGUGAUGAGGAGUGGAUCUCAGUACAGGCUUGGCAAGAAGGGUUAGUGAAGGAAUGGAAGAUAUCACAGGAGGAGUUGAAAGGCGAUGGGGGACUGCGACCCCCGCCCCCGCCCCCGCCCCCGCUGGAGGGGGAUGAAUAG